GGGAAAUGAAUCAUCUUUACCGAUGGAAAUGUGCAGCAACUUUGAUGCAUAUGAGUUGCGGCGCCUAGCACGACGCUUCAAAAAAUUGGAUUUGGAUGGCUCCGGAAGUUUGAGUGUUGACGAAUUUAUGUCAUUGCCAGAAUUGCAACAGAAUCCAUUGGUCCAAAGAGUUAUUGAUAUAUUCGACGAAGAUGGUGAUGGGGAAGUCGAUUUCAGAGAAUUCAUUCAGGGAAUAUCACAAUUUAGUGUUAAAGGAGACAAAACAGUGAAGCUCAAAUUUGCAUUUCGUAUAUAUGAUAUGGAUCGGGAUGGAUAUAUCUCGAAUGGAGAACUCUUUCAAGUUUUAAAAAUGAUGGUGGGAAACAAUUUAAAAGAUAACCAACUGCAGCAAAUAGUUGAUAAAACAAUAUUAUUUCAUGAUAAAGAUGGCGACGGUAAAAUAUCAUUCGAUGAGUUCUGCGAUGUUGUGGAACAUACUGAAGUUCACAAGAAAAUGGUACUGGAAAAUAUUUGAUUCCUAUACUGUCUUCAGUAGCAGCAGUGCUUCUAUUUUGUUGUUGUCGAAAAGAAAUAGAUCUCUCAAAUUUGGUAAACUGGACUUUCUUGUUUACUUCUUUUUUCUUGUUUGCCGUAGCCGAUUUUAUCUGUCGUGAUUUAUCCGUGAAUGAAACGCUAUUAUGGAUGUGCUGGGGAGUAAUAUGAGAGCAGCGAUGGAGAUGAAAAAAUGGCUCUAGCUAUCUUUCACCAGGAAAGGUUAAAGCCAAAGCAUUAUGAGUAAUAGUUCGAUAUUUUCACAUCAUCUAUGAUUUAUAUGCUUUCAUGCAGCAUUUCGUGAAUUAGGUCUUUUUCGCCUCAGAUUUGUUGUUUAUGUUGAAAUUCUAACUUUUGUCCUUAUUGCUAUCAUCGGUACAUUUGUACAACGACUCUUAUUUUGACGAUACUUGGACUGAUAUGUAAAAGAUUUUGUUCCAUUGUAAAUUCAGUGCCAAUAAGUAAGAAAACGAA